UUCCCUCCAUAGUCAUUCCCAAACAGGAGGCUGGUGUGUCCUGCUCGAUCUCCCAGUCCAUGCAACAAGAUGUUGAAGAUGCAGACCCUCUGGGCGGUUCUGAUCUGCCUGGCUGGAGUGCAGCUGGCAAGUGCCACACUCUGCAAGACCUACGGCUUCAUCCCAGGCAUCCCAGGGGCACCAGGACAGCCCGGCAGCAAUGGCAGAGACGGGGAGAACGGCCUGAAGGGCGAGCGAGGUCCCCCUGGCCAGGUGGAGCACGAAGCAGAUUUUGGGGAGAAAGGAGUGCCGGGGUACCCUGGGAAGGUCGGCCCCAAGGGCCCCCCAGGUUCAAAGGGAUUACCAGGUCCCAUGGGACCCCCUGGCCCUAAGGGGGACUCUGGUGACUACAAGGCCACCCUCAAGUCCGCCUUCUCCGCUGCCAGGAGCAUCAGCACCUACCCACGCCGGGAGCAGCCCAUCCGCUUCGACCGCAUCAUAACCAAUGUGAAUGGCCACUACGAGAACCGGUAUGGCCGCUUCACCUGCCGGGUCCCUGGCAUCUACUACUUCACCUACCACGUCACCUCUAGGGCCAACCUGUGCCUCAGUGUGAAAAAGGGCCGGGGUGGCAGCAGGGGUGAGAAGGUGGUGAUGUUCUGCGACUUCGUGCACAGCAGCUACCAGGUCACCACGGGGGGGGUGGUCCUCAAGAUGGCAGAGAACGAGUCCGUCUGGCUGGAGCCAACGGAGAAGAACUCCCUGGUGGGGAUCGAAGGGUCUGACAGCAUCUUCUCUGGCUUCUUGAUCUUCCCUGAGGCUUAG